AUGACGAUAUAUGACGACAUUUUUCAAGACCCACAGAUCAAUCUCUUAAAUAAGGCUUGCAGCCAAUACAACGUGUCCAGCGAGUCGUCCUUCUAUACUAACCUAAACGCCACCUUCUCAAACCUCAGAGCACAGCUGACCAACAACACCAACACCAGAUUCGCAACUCCACGGGAUUCCGCCCAAGCCUUGCCAGCCUUGGUGCAGUGCCGGAACUACCUCUCUAGUGCUGAAUGUCUCGCUUGUUUCACCGCCGCCGUUUCUCAAAUCCGCAACUGCUCCGCCGCCAACGGUGCCCGCGUCAUCUACGAUGGCUGCUUCCUCAGGUACGAGAGCAGCAGCUUCUAUGACCAGACCACUCAGCCUGGUGGUGAAGGCGCUGCGGUGAAAGAACUGUUAGUAGAUCUCCAACUUGCAACGCCAAGGAUUAAUGGUUUCUUUGCAGCGAGCAAGAAGGAAGUGGUCUGUGGUGUUGUGGCGUCUACCAAUUCAGAACGAUGUCUUCCUGGUGCGGUUGCUCGGGCAGUUGAUGCUGGGUGUUUUCUGAUCAGCUACGAGAGCAGUAGCUUCUAUGACCAAACCACUGAGCCUGGAAAUGAAGGGAUUUGCGGAAAUCAGACAGCAUCGCAGCCUACUGCUUUUAGUGCUGCGGUGAAAGAAUUGUUAGCAGAUCUCCAAGUUGCAACGCCUAGGAUUAAUGGUUUCUUUGCUGCGAGCAAGAAGGAAGCGGUUGGUAGUGCUGGUAACGCAACAGUGUAUGCUGUGGCGCAGUGUGCUGAAACAGUUAGUGAAAUAGGUUGUCAGGAUUGCUUGACAGUUGCGUCCAGAAAUGCAGAAGUAUGUAUUCCUAGUGUAGUUGGUCGUGCAAUUGAUGCUGGGUGUUUCCUGAGGUACUCAGAGACGCCCUUCUUUGCUGAUAACCAAACUACUAAUAUUUUGCCCUUCUUAGGAAAUGGAAGUUCAAGCAACAAGAAAGCCAUUAUUGGAGGAGUGGUGGGGGGUGUCGUAGGUGCUGUUCUCAUUUUAGCUGUGUUUGUCUGGUUUAUAAUACUAAGAAGGGGCAAGCCAAUUAUUAGAGGUGACAUACUAGGGGCAACUGAGCUGCGAGGCCCAGUUAAUUACAAGUACAAAGAUUUGAAAUCUGCAACAAAAAAUUUCAGUGAAGAAAACAAACUCGGAGAAGGAGGUUUUGGUGAUGUAUAUAAGGGUACUCUGAAAAAUGGGAAGAUAGUUGCUGUGAAGAAACUAGCUAUUAGCCAAUCUUCAAGGGCAAAGGCAGAUUUCGAGAGUGAGGUGAAGCUUAUAAGUAAUGUUCAUCAUCGGAACAUGAUCCGUCUUCUUGGGUGUUGCACCAAAGGACCAGAACUACUUCUUGUCUAUGAAUACAUGGCAAACAGCAGCCUCGAUAAAUUCUUGUUUGGUGAAAGACGUGGGUCUCUCAACUGGAAACAAAGAAAUGACAUAAUCAUGGGCACAGCUAAGGGCCUUGCUUAUCUGCACGAGGAAUUCCAUGUAUGUAUCAUACACAGAGAUAUCAAAACUGGCCACAUUCUUCUAGAUGAUGAUUUCCAAGCCAAGAUUGCAGAUUUUGGAUUAGCAAGGCUUCUACCUGAGGAUAAAAGCCAUCUUAGUACCAGAUUCGCAGGAACAUUAGGCUAUACAGCACCUGAAUAUGCAAUCCAUGGUCAGCUAUCAGAGAAGGUAGAUAUCUACAGUUUUGGUAUCGUUGUUCUUGAGAUUCUAUGUGGCCGAAGAAUCAGUGAGGUGAAGAAUGAUCCCAAUGGCGAGUACCUCCUUGAACGGGCAUGGAAAUUGUAUGAGAAUGACAAGCAUCAGGAGUUGGUGGACGAAACAUUAGACCCAAACGAGUAUACGACAGAAGAAGUGAGAGGAAUUAUAGAGAUUGCUCUGUUGUGCAUUCAGUCAUCACCUGCUCUGAGGCCUUCAAUGUCUGAAGUUGUCGUUUUGCUCAAAAGCAAAAGGUCAGUGGAGCGGCAGCCACCAAGCACGCCAGCCUACGUUGAUACUGAUCAGAAGAAGGUUCGUGGAGACACGUCCACUUCAACCGCAUCAUCAACAUCUAAUGCCACUGCCUCUAUUUCUCAGGUCUCGGGUCGCUAAUGUAAAACAUAUAUGAAACUCUCAAGUGUCACUUUGUGUAUAAAGAUUGAUAUAUAGUUUUUUGUGUGCGUUGGAUAAAGGCUUUUGAAGCUAUAGGUUUACAUUGGAAUGAAAUUCAUUCCCUAAUGAAUUAGAAUUUGUGGU